AUGUUGACAACAACAGACACUAAUAACACUUUUAACUAUUGGGAUUCCAUAUCGCUGAGUAUCUAUCUAUCUAUCUAUCUAUCUAUCUAUCUAUCUAUCUAUCUAUCUAUCUAUCUCACUAUCUCUCAUGUCUCUCCCUCUUUCAUUUUCAAAGUCGUUUUUGUUGCAUUUUUUUUACUUCUCAUAUUUUGCAAUUGCCUUUCUUUUUCUGAGUAUAAAUACUUUUUUUUUUCGUUGCAAGUUUCUCACUCAUCUUUUUCGAUUUCCCUCUUUAAAUUAGUCUGUUUCGGUCUAUCUCAGCCAGCUUCUAUCUAUCUAUCUAUCUAUCUAUCUAUCUAUCUAUCUAUCUACCCUAGUCUGACAUAUCUGUCUAUCUCUAUCUCUCUCCUUCUCACUCUCUCUCUCUCUCUCUCUCUCUAUCUAUCUAUCUAUCUAUCCUAUCUGACAUAUCUGUCUAUCUCUAUCUCUCUCCUUCUCUAUCUAUCUCUCUCUCUAUCUCUCUAUCUAUCUAUCUAUCUAUCUAUCUAUCUAUCUAUCCUCCGUUAUCUUUCUUCUUCUUCUUCUUCUUCUUCUUCUUCUUCUUCUUCUUCUUCUUCCACAAAAAGAAGAUACUUCAUUCUUUCUUUUCCUUUCUCGUUUCUUUUUCUUCAAUACCUUUAUUUAAAUCUUCUUUCUUUCUUUUAUUUUUCUUUUCGUCCUUUUCUUCUUUAUAACAUUCUUUCUCAUUAUUUCUUUCAUUUUUUUCUUUUUCUUUCUCCGACUUUUCUUUCUUUCUUUCUUUCUUUCUUUCUUUUUCUUUCUUUCUUUCUUUCUUUCUUUCCUCUCAUUUCUAUUUCCUUCUUUUCCUUUAUUUUAAUCUCCUCUAUUUCUGCUUUCUUUCUUUUCGUCCUAUUCUUCUUUCUUUCUUUCUUCUAUUUUUUUUUUUAUUUCUUCCAUAUCUUCAUUUAUUUUUUUAUUUUCUCUGACUUUUUGUUCUUUCUUUCUUUCUUUCUUUCUUUCUUUCUUUCUUUCUUUCUUUCUUUCUUUUCCUUCAUUUUAAUCUUCUCCCUCCCUUUUCUUUUUAGCCAUGCAUAUUUUUCUGCCUCGUGUUCUGUAAUUAUAUUCAUUAAUAUCUGUCUUAUUUUCCCGGUCCGUUCAUAUCUAUCUAUCUAUCUAUCUAUCUAUCUAUCUAUCUAUCUAUCUAUCUAUCUAUCUAUCUAUCUAUCUAUCACUUACAUACACUGGAAUAUAAUUGAAAUUCUAUCUUCCUUCUUUCCGAGGUUACAGUACUAUGUAUAUGUUCUCAUUCUGUUCAUCUAUCUAUCUAUCUAUCUAUCUAUGUAUCUAUCUAUCUAUCUAUCUAUCUAUUCUCAUUCUGUUCAUCUAUCUAUCUAUCUAUCUAUCUAUUCUCAUUCUGUUCAUCUAUCUAUUUGUCUUUUAUCAUUCUCUUCAUCUGUCUAUUUAUCUUUUUUCAUUCCGUCUAUCUAUCUAUCUAUCUAUUAUAUAACUACAUAUACCUACCUACCUACCAUCCUCCCUACCUAUCUAUCUAUCACAACCUUUUCCCUAUCUAUCUAUCUAUCUAUCUAUCUAUCUAUCUAUCUAUCUAUCUAUCUAUCAUCACAAACUGUUCACUAUCUAUCUAUCUAUCUAUCUAUCUAUCUAUCAUCACAAACUGUUCACUGUCUAUCUAUCUAUCUAUCUAUCUAUCUAUCAUCACAAACUGUUCACUGUCUGUCUAUCUAUCUAUCUAUCUAUCUAUCUAUCUAUCUAUCUAUCUAUCUAUCUAUCUAUCUAUCACAAACUGUUCACUAUCUAUCUAUCUAUCUAUCUAUCUAUCUAUCUAUCUAUCUAUCUAUCAUCACAAACUGUUCACUGUCUAUCUAUCUAUCUAUCUAUCUAUCUAUCUAUCUAUCUAUCAUCACAAACUGUUCACUGUCUAUCUAUCUAUCUAUCUAUCUAUCAUCACAAACUGUUCACUGUCUGUCUAUCUAUCUAUCUAUCUAUCUAUCUAUCUAUCACAAACUGUUCACUAUCUAUCUAUCUAUCUAUCUAUCUAUCUAUCUAUCUAUCUAUCAUCACAAACUGUUCACUAUCUAUCUAUCUAUCUAUCUAUCUAUCUAUCUAUCUAUCUAUCUAUCUAUCACAACCUUUUCCCUAUGUAUCUACCUAUCUAUCUAUUAA